AUGAAGAAUAGGGAAUCUCGUUGGAAACCACUUAAGAUUGACAGAACCACAACUUUCUCGGAUAAAGGAGGCUUUGCGAGAAUCUACGUAGAGUUAGACCUGCAAAAGCCCCUUCUUCCGGCCUUUGACCACUUUGGGGAGAAUCAUGCCAUAGAGUACGAGGGAUUGCAUUUGGUUUGUUUUAACUACGGGACGUAUGGUCACCACACAAACCAAUGUCUCUUGAAAUCACCUACGGAGCCACAUAGGAAGCAACAACAGGAAACACUGAUGAACCCAACGCCAGAGCCUACUUCCGGUGAAGGAGCGACGCAGGAGCCAGAGAAGGAAGAGACUGCAACCACUUAUUUAACGGGAUUGUCCAAAUCAACGGAGGCUAUUAAUGUGGGAAAAUCUCUUGGGAUCUCAAAACAGAGUGAUCAGCCACGUGUUACGGAGGAAUCUCCUAGGUCAAUAGAGUUGAAUGAUAGACAGACCGGAUCUUUGAGGGCAGUGAGAAGGAGCUUCGGAAAGGAGGCAACCAACAAGUCAGAUACGGAGUGGACCUCGGUGGGGUCAGAAGGAGGGAGGAGCUGGGCGGGUGUAGUGGGUUCAAACAAUAUAGUCUCACCAAACCCAUUUGGUUCACUAAGGUCGGAGCUUGAAACCGAACCCAUCACAAAUGGCAGCAUAAGUGGACACGGUGACCAUGACUUAGAUGAAGCCCAGCACGACCAAGCAGGAACAAGCGAGUCAACAUGCCUGGGACUGCUGACACCAGAAUCAAGAAGGCCUAAGGAGUGUGACGGGGUGAUACUAGACGAACAGAUAAAGGAAGGGUCUGGCUCACGUACCUUUCCCUCUCUCAUCCGGGACUUGGUCUCCAACCAUGGCUUGGACUUUGUGGCGUUGUUUGAAACUCGUUGUGGAGGAAGGAAAGCUCAUCAGAUUGCUAGCCAGUUAGGAUUUCGAUAUUUUGAAAUAGUGGAUGCUGAUGGUUUUAAAGGAGGAAUAUGGUGCUGUUGGUCUGAAAAAUUUAAAACUGUAGAGGUAGUAGAAACUAAUCAACAGUUUAUACACCUGAGGCUGGAGAACCAUGAACGGCAGAAGUAG